AUGUGGCCCCGCCUGUUCGCCGACGACGACGUGCCGCAGGGCUGUAAAAUUGGCGGGGUCGCGUACCGGGUCGGCAUCGCAUGGCUGAACCACGAGGACCAAGGCGUGCUGCUCACGUUUAGCGUCAACGCGCUGCUCGCCUUCUUCUCGCUCUUCGCCUACCACGUCUUUGCGCACCUGCCAAGUCUCAAGGCGGUCUUCGCGCCGCGGGUGCCGCUCGAGCAGGGCCCUCCCCCGCAUCCGCUCCACAUCUCGCGCGGGCUCUCUGGGCCGCACGAGGGCGAGCAGCUCGAGGCGACGAUGCUGCGCCGCUUCCUCAUCAUGAACCUGACGCUCUUCUGCGUCUUCGCCGCCACCGCGAUGCCCGCCCUCAUCCUCACCUACUCGAUCGACCCGUACGCCGGGCUCGACAUCCCGUUUGCUCCGCCGCCGCCGCCGCCGCAGAACCCCUUCCCGCCUCCCGCGUUGGGAGGAGCCGCGCCACCGGCGCCGCCGGGGAAGCCGCCGCUCUCGCCCGUGGUGCCGUGGCUGAGCGGCGCGCCGAUCUCGGGCAUCCAGUCCUUCUCGCUCGCCCACCUGCCUCCCGGCUCGCCCCGCUUCUGGGCGCCGGCGGCUUGCAUGCUGCUGCUGACUUCGGUCUUCCUCAUCCUCGCGCGGCGCGAGGCGGAGGUGUACGCGCGGCUGCGGUACGACUGGCUCGCCGCGCCGAGGCCGCACCUCCACGCCGCGCGCCUCGUGACGAGCCACUCGCUCAACGGGGCGGUCGCGCCCGCGGUGACGGCCGAGGACGUGUACGCGCUGCUCAAGCCGAUGUUCGGCGCCGACCUGCACGAGGUCAUCAAGGUGCCGCGCGAGGUGAACCAGUGGCGCCUGUCCGCGCUCGGGCUGCAGCCGCCGAGCCUCCAGGCCGGCGGCGGGGCGGACGUGCCGCUCCUGACGCAGUCGGGUCGCUCCUCCUGGUCCAUGGCUGCGGUCUGGAGCCUGGUCGUCGACCUGGCGCACGAGAUGCGGCUGCUCGCGACGGGCGAGCCGCGCGAGGCGGCACCCGCCCGGGGGGAGGGCUUGCCCGAGCCGUGCCGGAGCCGCCGCGUAGGCGAGGCGACCGAGACCUCCUUCAUCUCGCUCGCUUCCCUCGACUCGAUCACAAAGAUGCUGCAGGAGGCGCACCUUAAGGGCGCGGCGGGUAUGAUCCACAACCUCUCGCCCGCCACGCGCGCCACGCUCGAGGGCUGGAUGCCUGUCCUCGUCCUCACCGUGCUGCAGAUGCUCACGCUGUACUCGGGCCUGCUGCCCGCCCUCUCGCGGCUGCAGCGGCGCGAGAGCGCCGCGGCGGGCGCCCGAGAAGGAGUGCUGGUGCUGCUCGGAUCGUGCGUGGUGGGGUCUCUCUUCGAGACCGCCAAGCUCAUCCUCAGCGGCGGCUACUGCACGCUGCUCGCGCUGCUCGGCCGCUCCGUCCUUCCCCUCUCGGUCGUGGGGGCCGCCAGGCUGUGCGGGGCGCGCGGCAAGGCGCUGAGCGGAAAGGCGCUCUCCGCGCUGCAGCGGCUCUACUACCCGAGCAUCUACGCGCGCGCGCUGAUGGUCCUCUCCGCCGCCUUCCUCUUCGCCACCAUCGCGCCGCUCAUCACGCUCGUGACGAUCGCGUGGCUGUACGCCGUCUCGCGCGCCUGGUCCUUCAACGUGCGGCGCGUCUACCUGCACGACCUCGGCGCCGACUUCGACUCUGGCGGCGCGUACUGGCCGGUGGCGAUGCGGCUCGAGACCUUCGCGCUGCUCACGGCGCAGCUGGUGCUCGUCGCGAUCCACGUGCUCAACUCGUGCUGGUACAGCGGAACCGUCCUCUUCGGGCUCAUGAUCGCCACGAUGGUGCGCGCCUCGCGCCUCCAGCGGCACUACAGCCCGCUCGCCUCGGAGCUGCCGCUCGAGCGGUGCAUCAAGGUGGACGCAUCCAUGGCCGGCGACACGUCGCCUGGCGCGCAGGCCUACCAGCUCGACUGGAUCCUUGCCGAGGCGUCUCGCGCGUACCGCACCUCCUUUGAAAACUCUUCGUUUCGCUCGGGGGACCUCCUCGCCGGAGGCCAGUAG